UUACCUAUAGUUACCAGCGUAAACACUGGAUUCCGUGGCCACCACAUGAUCGCAUCAUCGCGUUGGUCGCGAUCGCUUGUCAUCGGAUACGGCGGGUGUCGCCCGCUCGUUAUUGCGUUAUCGCGUGUCAUCGAUUACGGCGAUUAGCGGUGACACGAGCGAGGCAAGUGCGUAAGUCCCGCGGCAGUCUCCGAUAUGCUGCACGGAAUAGCAAGUGUCAGCAGCGAGAACCUUAUCACUUCUUCGUGUUUAAAUGUAAACGUCACCUAAUACAGCUGACUCGACUUUUCGACAAUUCCGCUGCGUAUUAAUUCUCGCGCGAUAUUACUGCUCUCGUCAAUCCGUCGGAGGAUUAUUAUUACUCUUCGUCGAGAUACGUUCGAGGAAGAAGAGAGCGAGAUAUUUCGUUUGCACCACCCACGUGCGUUGUCCUUAUGAGAGAGCUCUCGUUACCCUGGUCGACUGUCGUGAUCGGUGACAUUCAGAAUGUGCGAGAAUACUCACGAGAAGGAGCAAUGGCAGCUUCUCCAGGGUCUGCGGUCCACCGUGGAGGGUCUGCUGAUCGAUGGAGUGUGCAACGUGUGGAACGUUUAUGGUGGUUUAAAUCGACUGCACAAUGUGAUGGAGCGGAUAUUCAAGCAUGGGUGCCGCAUAUUUGACUCCAAUGGUGAACCGGACUGUUGGAUAUUUAUCCAAGGGUUAAACUGGCUUCAGCCCUCCCUGGCGACGUCGCCAGUGUUGUCAGAGAACGAGGAUUAUCUAUGCAAUCUGCCGGCUAGGAUAACAUCGAAGAAGGAUAUGUUGUGGCUCUAUAAAAGUCUGGAGAGUCACUCUCUGUCGCACAAGUUAUCAUGGCUUCUGUCGGAUAAGGAACAUUUGCUUUCUUGUCUCGAGCCAUGGGCCUUUCUUUGCCAAGAGAAUCUAGCAGAAGCGACGCUUUUGUAUUUAAGAGCAGUCGAGAGAAACCAGCCUGUAUUGCUCGCGGAAAUCGAUCCCUGUUUAUUCCUACCAACUUGGAUAUCUCCCAAAGCGAGCCCAAGGCGACACCGUCGCUCAUCCUCGUAUCCGGUCAACUUCUCUGGCGCCACUCACGUCUUUACGCGCAACAAGAGCGGGAACAUUCUCAAUAAGUGCCAAUUCGAUCAAGUGAAGGUGUCGAUAUCGCAGUCCAUAUCGCAGAAUGACGCAGGAUGCGCUGACAAUAAAAAAUCAAAAUCGACGCAAGUUAUUGCCGAUAAUAAUGCGCAAAGCGAUUCCAAGGUCAAUGAUACAUCACUAAAAACGUGGAACAGUUUGCCUGCCUUGGACAAAAGUGGUACGGUUGCCGUGGAAAAUUCAGACACGACCUCGCCAACGAUUCAGGAAAGCAGCAGUUGCAGCAGCAGUAGCAAUAGGAGCAGUCGACCUCGCACCAUCGAAUUGGCGGAUAUCAUCAACGUCAACUAUUCAGACUCGAAGCAACUCGUUGACUCUAACGUGGAGAGACUGGCAGUGAAGCUGAAAACGCCCGUGAGGAAGACGAGGAAUCGAACGAAAACCAGGCACAGCCAGAACAAAAAGGCCUUUGAGAGUUCCUUACCGAAUACUUAUGGGGACAUUCGGAGUGGCGCCGAGGAGACGCAGCCGAUUGCGAUAGUGGUGUCGACCGAGACGAGAUCCGCGGGCAUUCAGCGAUCAGCGUCGAGUAAUAAGUUGAGCAACAUCCCGUUGGGCUCGGCACCCGAGUUCCUAAACUCGUGGAGCCUGGAAGUUGAAGGCCAGAAGGAUAUCCGUACACCGCGGAAGAGCUUCAUGGAGGACGGUGGCAGUAGCGUACAGCCGAUGGCGACCGGUUACUUUCCGCGCCCGGCCCAGGGCCAGAGCCUGACCAGUUUUCUAUCGUCGGCACAGUUCUCGCGCGCUCACGACGCCGAGCUCGACCGCGAGAACGCGCACUUCAGCAUCUGCGAGGCGAUAAUCGCCGCCAUUGAGCAGGUGAAGUAUAAUAGGCAACAGCGACGGCUGGACGAAGCUGCGGAUGACGAGAGUGACGAGGAGAUCAACCAGCUGAAGCAGCGGAUCAGACUACGACGUCGACAACGCCAGGAAGAGAAGUCCCGAGGUAGAGGUUGGAACCGCGAUCUGUUGAGCGACGGUAGGACCGAUACGACCACGACCACCGAUCAGAGCGUCAGUCCAUUAUCCACGUCCUCGGGGAAUCCCUCGGACAGCGUGUCCACCGAAGACAUCGAGGAGUUUGAACUGGACAAUGAGCGAAGGUCAAGGAGCGGCGGCCAGGUUGCAUCGACCGUGUCGUCACACGCGGACGCGGAGUCGCACCAAGCCAGGCUCGCCACGGACUCGCUCCCGAGCGAGAGCAGCGUGUCCGCCGAGGGUGUUGCCCUAUCUCUCAUCAGCCGUUUCAGCGAGAAGCAGCUGCCACGGGCGAGCGAGCUGGAAUGGCUAGUCUCAGAGAAGGACGCACCUCAGCGGCUGCUGCCAAUGCCGAAGAGCUGGCCGGUCAGUCCGGACGAGGUCGAGAGCGAAGACGCUCGAACGAUAGCACUACGAGGGACGGUCGAAUGGGCUCCGCCGCGUCCGCAAAUCAUUUUCACACCUCAUCCGCCGCCAGUAAGGCGAAUGCUGAUAGCGAAGCAGAAUUACAGGUGUGCGGGUUGCGGCAUGAAGGUCGCCGUGAAGUACGCCAACCGCUUCCGCUACUGCGAGUAUCUGGGUCGAUACUUCUGCACGGGUUGCCACACGAACCAGGUGGCCUUCAUACCAGGAAAAAUAUUGUCCAAGUGGGAUUUUGCUAGGUAUCCUGUGUCAAACUUCUCGUACAGAUUACUGGACCAAAUGAUGCUGGACCCACUGUUCCAAGUAAACGAUUUGAAUCCGCUGCUGUACCGACGAAACAAGCAAUUGAACAACGCGAGAGUUCUGCGCACAAAAUUGUUCUUCCUGAAAGAUUUUCUAUUCACGUGUCGAUUCGCGUCAAGUCUCCAGAAGCAGCUGAAGAAGGAGCCGAGUUACAUCAUGAACGAUCCGCACGUAUACUCUAUUCAGGAUCUAAUAAACGUCAAGCAAGGCGUGCUGUCUGUCAGGCUGCAAGACAUCGUUGAAACUUGCUGCGUGCACGUCGCAGAUUGCGAGUUGUGCCAGGCCAGAGGAUUCGUGUGCGAACUGUGCGGUUCCAAGGACGUAAUAUUCCCGUGGGAUCUGCUGAAAGUGACCAGAUGCGACAAGUGCGGUGCAUGCUUUCACACAGAUUGCAAGCACGAUUCCGACAAGUUCGAGUGCCCUCGGUGCAUGAGGCUGCACGUUAGGCGAAUCACGAGGGACGAGGAACCCUGACGAACGACGAGGGCGUAUUUUAUCACGCUCCUCAGCGUAGCGUACGCGUAUUAAGUCCGACUGCGUAGCGAGCCAUCUUCAAGCUAAAAGAAUGAUCUCGUACAGCUUAGUAUCUUGCAGACAAUAUAUAUAAAAUUCUCUACGAGAUAUUAGAGUAUCUUGCAUAGUUGAGUUCCGAUUCCUGACAUAUUUUUGACUUGGAUAAAUGCGAGAACGACGAAGCUCGAGGUGGGUUUCCUUUAGCGUAAGUUAGACUGGGCUCACGCGUAAUGACUUACAUCAGUGCCGCCUAUACUAAGAAUUCGCGCUCUCUUUUGUCCCCUUACUCGCGUAAGUCAGGACAUUACCACGUGCCUCGGUCUCGAAAGAAGAAUAUCGAAUGAACGAGACGUAAAUUAAUAGUGAAGACUGACGUAUUGUGAUACGCAUGUUGGAUUUUCAAAUCUCUUGGAAUAAUCCAAAAGAGAAUAGAAAAUCGUCAAAAGACGUUUUUUAACUUCUUUUGGAUUCUUGUAUUGCAUGGGUCUAUUAUCAAUUUAACGAACGAUCUUAGAAAAUGCAUCAGACAACUUAUCGAGAAACAUAACUCGGCACAUUUUCCGUAAGCAAUUCAGAAAGAUACGACAUUUGCAUUUUACAAUGAAAUGUUACCGAAAGUAAUUUUUCUACGAAAUAUAAUGUAGCAAACUCUUCGUUCACAUAGCCUGUUACAACGUGUUCGUGAUAGUUACCCUUUUUGAUAGAUUCUUGUACGGAGGAAGACAUUUUAAAGAUAUUUAUACAUAUUUAUUCAAAUACGGCGAGCCUUUAACGAACGAAUAGUAUUAUUUCUUGUAAUGUUACUUUGUAAGCAACCAGAUUCUCAAGACGGCAAUAAUUUUAAACGUGCAGUUAUUAUAUUUAGUAGUACAAAUAGCAUAAAAUUACUACCCUGAAACUCGAAUUUAGUAAUAAUUCUAAUAAGUGUACCUGAUUUUUACUGAUGUUUAAACAUCACAUGUAUACAUAUUUAUCACUUAUUUAUGAGAAUUGUUACAGUGCGUACAAAAUUGAAAUAAGAGGAUUUCAAAAGGAAACUUAGUCAUCUAUCAUUUUCGUCCUCAUGAAACAAUUUCCCUUUAUAAUUUUCAAUAAUUGUAUAGACAAACAAAUUAGAUACAAUGUAUAAUAAAUAAAAUAAGAUUUGAACU